ACCCUCCUCGUUCCUCCAGCAUGCAGAGUUUUCCGUCCUGUGUCGGGACAACAUCGUAAACGAGGACCACCUGACGGUAAGACCGGUCCAAAUGGAAGCAGCGGAGGAAACUCUCACUUACCGAGAUGACACCCUACUUCACAGGAAGCUGCUCCCAGAAGAAAAGCAUAAGGACAACACGCGCAGUGAGCGUCAAGCCAAAGAGACAAAAAGCGACGAGUCCAACUAUGUGGACCUGGACAUGAAACCGGACGGCGCAAAAACAGUGAAGGUUUCUUUCACUGGCGAGGGAAACCAGCUCUCUGUUAUCAAAUGCGACGGUUCAAAGCAGGGGCAGCAUGACGAGGAGGGUAAAAUGAUUUCGAAGUACUUUGUUGAAGAGCAGUUAGAGGACAAGCAGGCCACCUUCCCUGGGCCUGUUUUGGGUGAGCCUCCAUUGGAAACUCUGACCAAACGUCCCAACAGCGACCAGGACAUGGAGAAUGAGAAGCAGCGCCAGGCCGAGCUCGACCCGAGUGACUGCAGUGACCAUGUAUGCAGUGAGAGUGAUGAGCUCCAAUACACGGACAUGUAUCUGAACAGCAAAACGGAUUCCGAUGAUGGUUCCAGUGCGGUGCUGUCCGACCACUGCGGCUCCGACACCGUGGAGGACGAGUCUCACUAUAUCACCACGCACGAAAUCCAGUUGACCGAGCUCGAUCACGACGUAGAUUACGACCUGGGAAGAGGGACCUGUUGGGAUCUUGAAGACGACAACUUGGUGUAUUCCUUUGUGGAUUACGCGUCUUUUGAAAGCGAUGAAACGCAUGAGGGAACUGUCAUACUUGAGGGCAGGAGCCAGGCGAAAGUGCAGGCUAAUCUUGGUGGAGCAGUUGUCAGCACCGAGCAGGAAGACAGUGAUCUUUGUGACUCGGACAAAUGUGCCAGCUCAGAUGAAAGCUUGUGCAAAAGCUACAACGGAGAAGCUAAUGCGGGGAAAAUUCAUUUAUCAAUAAAAGCAUCCUCCCGGGCGGUAAAUGAACCUGUCAAUUUCUUUGAUAAAGGCACCUGUGGGUACACAAAACACUUUGGAGACGGGAGCCACGUCUCUUUUGUGAGCUCUGGCUCCAGAGUGGGGCCCUUGUGCGACAGAGCGCAAUACUUCAUCCCUGCUCCGGGCCGUCAGCACCUUGCAUCCAAACUAAGACGGAAAGAUAUUAAUGAGUACUCCAGCGGAGGGUCCAGUUCCAUCAGCGAGCUGGACGACGCUGACAAAGAGGUGCGUAAUUUAACCGCCAAGUCUUUCCGGAGCUUGGCUUGUCCAUACUUCGAUGCCAUUAAUCUUAGUACCUCUAGUGAGUCUUCUAUGUCUGAGUAUGGGCUAAAUAAGUGGUCAGCUUAUGUGGACUGGAAUUAUGGAAACAUAUCGCGGGGAAGAGAACGGAGCGUUAUUGCGCACAAGACUUCCAGCGCAACUUGGGAAAUGAAUAAGACUGUGGAGAGUAAGAGACAUGGUAAACCUAUUACUGGCAUGAAAGCUCCACAAACCAAAAUGUACGCAUUGCACAAUAGAACGUCGUCUCAACAAUCAUCCUCUUCUAGCAAAAAGAUCGAACUGAAAGAUCCUGUUCAGUCAAAGCAGCAUGGAGUCACGCUGAAUUUCCGCUAUAAUGUUAAAGCGCCUGACGGCGCCAAACGUCCAAAAUGCUCCAAGAAAGCACAAUCAAAUAAGGGUACGGAGGCUGUGUUGGCCAGGUCAGGGUGUGAGAUGCAGUGUAAUCACACAGAUAGCAUGGAGGAUACACACAAAAAAGCAGUUUUUGCAUCAAGUCUAUUGAAAAACGUGAUUUCCAAAAAGAUGCAGUUUGAACAGGAGCGUAAAAUGGAGAGGGGUGAAAUUUGUGACACAUACCCAGCUCUCUCCCCGACGAUUCACCUCAAAGAUCAAGAUGGGAUGAAAGAUAGUCAAAGACAGACAUCAGAAUCAGGUUCAGGUUAUAAUUCUGCGGAUGACCAAUACCUGGUGGGCAACAGACCCGGUUACUGUGAGUCUGCAGAGGAGCAAAAAAUCAACAAAGAUGAUUCAGAAAAGGGACAACAGGAGCCUCCAAAAGCAUCCCUCAGCCACAGUCAAAGUAGUGCAUUUAAUUCACUGAAACAUGAUGAGCCAGAACCUGUUAAUGAACCCACAUCUGUAACUGACACGCAGGCCACAGCAAAAGGAUUAGACACCAGCAGCAUGCUGACAAGACUGCUCUUUGUUCCAAGCUGCCAGCUCCUUUCAAAAGAGAAGGAUUUUACCAAAGACUUGCAAAGCUGUGCACCUGUCACAGGCGGGCCACAGAAAUGCGAAAAAGACUUUCAAACGGGCAAUAAAGGAAACAUACUAGGCAAAGAAGAAAAAGAGAAGGGGGGGAAAACCCCUGAGAUAAAAAUAUGCCUGAGGAGUGUGAAGGAAGAUAAAGGCUGUACACUGAAUAUUGCCAACCUGUUAACCCCUAAACUAAGUUUCAACACUGUGAACACAUUCAGAGCAGCAGGUGAAGCCAAAUGCCACGUUUUGUCUGCUUCAGAUAAAAUCCCAAACUUCACAGUUAGAGACAUAAGAGACACCAAAUGCAAGUUUCAAACACCAAUAUAUCAGGUCAGAGAUGUCCGUAAAUUGGUAAAAAGUUCCUAUCGCUUUGUUUCAUUGGAAAGUAGUGAGAGCAAAUGUUCCACAGCAGCUGAUAAACUUGAGGCCACAAAGGAGCCAGUUAAGCAUGUUUCACCAUCUCCUAUUGUAAUUAAAUGUCACUCUGUAAAAACAAAUGUUAAACAACAGACAGCUGAGGUGUUACAGACACAAGGAGAGGCAGGCAUCUCAUCUAAAACAUCUCAAAGUGAAAAUACACCAUCACAUUGCACUGCCAGUAGGGUGCCAAUUGUUGUUUCAAAGCAGCUUCCCCCUGACCAGUCAGAAAUUCAGCCAAAUAUUGAAACCAAACUGAUAAAACAGAGGCAGGAAAAGUUUGCAUGUGAGACGGCUGAAAGGAGAAACGAGCCCAAAAUGCCAAAACAGGCUGCGUUAGAGAAGCUUAAAGCUGCAGUAAAAACAAUGGAGCAGCUUUAUGUUUUUGAUAGAAAUGAGUGGAAGCGUAAAACUCAUGCUCCACAACCAAUCACAGAUAGCCACGUGUUGUCGCUUAUUGCCAGUGAGGAGCAGGGUGCCGAGGAGCUUGAGACAACGAACACUGACAGGAUUCCUCAGUCACAGGAAGAUAAAGGAGCUCCGAAUAUCAUGCAUGUUCCAUAUAACCAUGACACAUUUCAAACACAAUCACAGGAAAGUAAAACAUUUAGUAACAAACAUGUCCUUCAUUUUGGUAAUAAGGCACGUGUCAGCAUUAGUUCAGAUAGUAACCAUAUUCCACAAAGCUCUGUGCUGCAAACAUCAUCGACUAUGAAAAGCUCCAAGACACCAGUGGCUCCACUGUCGGUGAAAAUAGAGCCCCCAAAACACAGCCAGGUGGAGCCGGGAAAGGUCAAAAUCAUUCCCACUAAUCCUACUGUUGCACAGGCCUGCUCAGACUCUGAGAACUAUUUAACCAUACCGGGGCUGGGGUACACAAAUGAAAUUAAACUGCUGAAUCAAGAGCCUGUUUUGAGGGAGGUGAGUUCAAGCAAUAGCCAAAUCAAAACAGGUGACAGAAAGACACCUGAGCAAAAAAGAUCUCCGUUAAUCAUGGAGUACCCAGCUUCAAGCAUCUACCACUCGGGGCAAACAACAAGGCCUCAAGCACAGCAGCAGGUGUUGUGUUUCUCUCCAUCUGUCCCGACUGUGUCACCUGCACCUUCUACUGGAGAGGCAGUCCCACAAACCCAGCGCAAGAUGCUUUUGGACCCCACAACAGGCCAUUAUUAUCUGGUUGACACGCCCAUACAGGCCACCACAAAGAGACUAUUCGACCCUGAGACAGGCCAGUAUGUGGAUGUACCCAUGCCCCAUUCUCCUGUGGCACCUGUCACCCCUGUGCCUGUCUCUUUGUCCCCCCUGGCCCUGAGCCCAGGAGCAUAUGCUCCCACCUACAUGAUCUACCCAGGCUUCAUCCCCUCGCCCACUCUGUCAGCCCAGGCGGUGUUGCCACAGUCACCGUGUCACUCUGAGGAUGCAGGUGGAGAAAAGGUAAAAAACGGCAGAAGCCCUAAGCCAGAAACGAAUGCAGCGGGCGCAGAGAAUGUGUAUUACAGUGCAAAAGGUGGGGCUUCACAAGGACCACUGCAGCUUCCAGUAAGUUUGGGACAUGUGAGCGCCAGAGGAGGUGCAGCGACCUCUGACAGGAAGCCAGUUAUCAGCAUCACAACGCAACAAGGUCCAAGAAUCAUUGCACCGCCUUCCUUUGAUGGAACAACAAUGAGCUUUGUGGUGGAGCAUCGGUGACCAAGGCAACAUCUCAUCAUACAUACAUCUUCACCGAAGAAUCUGCCUUCAUUCACCGUAAGUGGAGUUUUCACCCCACCCACCUGUGAUCUACUCUGGAGGACAACUUUCACCAACAACACUAUUUUUAUCCCCACUAUGUUGUGUUGUUUAUCCUUGCAGCAGACAUUACUGUAAUCCCUAUGCAUUGCAGCACUUUGUAGGGUAAACGCAUUAAGCCACGUCCUCUGGCUGAUGCUCUGCCAUGUUGCUAUAUGAAGCUGCUUUGUAAUACUUUCCAUUCAGCUGCUGUCUAGAACUUUUGAAAUGCUGUUUGGGCCCUGCAACAUGUCUAUUCAAAAGGAAACAAAGCAGGCAUCUAUUACAGUUCAGUGUAAGUCAUUGUUUGCUAAGCCACUAUUUUAUUAUUAUGUAUUUAAUGUUACCAUGUCUUUAAAGCGAGUCCAUGUAACUUUUGAAAGGAAAGCCAUCUUUAUUUUACAAAUGAAAAGUUAAAUUUAUAAGCAAUAAAAAUGAACCGUGCUGAACUCAAUACACUCAGGGGAUUUGAUGCUACAACCUCUCUUGUUUUGGUUUGACCAUGUUACAGUAGCUAAUGUCGGCAAACUUGAUAGAUAUUACUGUAUAACAGACAUUACUGAGUCAGUUUACUCACAUUAUGUCUACAUUUGUGCUACUGUUACACUCUAUUUUAGGAUGUCAUGGAUUAACGUUUCAUUAAUUUUACCACAAACCUGCUUGUUACCAGCAGCCCAACAAAGUACUGCAACUAAAAUAAUCCCUAAAUGUCCAAAAAUAUUUUCCAUACAAACCGGCAUUGUUAAAGAGACAUUGGUAAAACUUCCACUUCCCAAAUAAUUUUUCCUGCAUUCCAGGAAAAGCUUGGGAAAUUGAAUCAAGGGUGGGCUACUGUAUAUUCAACGCCUCCAUUGCAGAAGGGACUGCAUGGAGUUGUGGCCAAAAGGUUGCCUGUGCUUGCUGUGCUGGCAACAAAAGAACCUGCCAGUGACAAAGGAGGCUGUUUAACCGAGGAAGGGGUCCUUUUGGGCUUGUUUGGCAAAAGGCAUUCCUGAGACAGCAGAUUGGUAUCAGGAGGACAGAAGGACUGGAGCUUCUGUGGUCACAGAUGCAACAAUUGUGUGGGUGGAAGUAGGCCAUGGAGAACAACUUUUGGUCAUCCCUACCUGAUUUGUAUCAGAAACCCGAUCUAUUGAGGUCCUAUAACUUAAACAAUUGGCCAUCCUGAUCCUAACCAUUUGAGUUUAAUGCCUAAACCGAAACAUCUACGCACAAGCGUAGAAAAAAUCAGGUCUCCGGUACAGAUCAGGUGGCCAACAGACUCAAAGAGGUUCUGCCAAACUUUCAGAUGACUCUGGAGGGUGAAACGGUGCAUAGCCCAGUCAGUUCUCAGCAUGCGGUCAGAACUGCUUACCCAGACUAACAAUAUUGUGAAACAUUUAAGGAACACCUGAAUUUGACUGAGACAUCCUCCAAAAAGGAGUAAGAGCUAAAAUGCUUGGGAAAAGCCUUGUCCAUUUCACUAGCGGAGAACACUGAGGUAGAAAAAAAGCUCCAGAUGCUCCAGAUGCUGAAAGCUCUGGACAUUGUGGGGCUGUCUUGAUGCUACCGACAUGCCUCCUUAAUGUCGUUUAAUGGUCAGCGUUAGUGGUUGUGGACUGGCAGAAGUGGAGGGUGGUUCCCAUUUUUUAAAAAGGGGGCCAGAUGAUGUGCACCAACUAUUAGGGCAUUGCAAUACUCAACCUUACUGGGAAAACUUGUACCAUGGCACCAAAGAGGUUACCUUGCACAGCAAUUCUGAAUUCUUGCAAUAUCACAAGAUAUCAAAACAACAAUGGCAUGCGUUCAUGCAAUCAACCGCCAGGUAUUUUUUGAAAGGGCCUGCCCUUUUCCAAACAGUUUCCAUUACAGCUUCUCAGACGGUUCUGUGUAACAAACCAUCUGGUUCAUCAGGUUACUGGAAAGUAGGCUCCGAACAAACCUAAGUUUCAAGAAGGAGCACUGCCGAUUCUGGUCGUAGAACAGUGGAUUGACUCUUUACCCUUGCAAAGACACAAGAGAGGUAAUAUAUAUAAUGGGAGUUUGCCCAUCAAGUCAACCUUUGUGUAUUUGGAGACAGGUUAUGACUGUUUCCCUCGUGGUACUGUGUCUUGUGUUGGGUACUGUGGGAGUAUGGAUACUGGGCCAUUGUUACGAGACAUUUCUUUUUUUAAUUCUAGGCACAAUUUCCAAGAUGUGGAGUGUUCAGUUAAUUGGCGUCAGGAUUGCAUUUCUGCUUUUUGUGGAUGAUGUGGCCCUGCCAGCUUAAUCAGACUGUGACUUCCAGUGUGCACUGAGAUGGUUUGUGGCCAAGUGUACAGCAGCAGGCACAAGGGUCAGCACUUUCAAGUCUGAUGCCAUGUUACUCUGCCAGGACAUGGUGAAUUGCUCUUUUGGGUUUUGUGUGCGGCACUGCCCAAAGUAAAGAACUACAAGUAUAUUGGGGUCUUUAACACAAGUAAUGGAACGAUGGAGUCAGAGACUGACGGAUUGGUGCCAUGCCAGCAGUGAUGCAGAUGUUGUAACUGUUGUUGUGAAACGAUAGCUGAGACUGAUGGUGUCGCUCUCCAUCUCAUCAGUUGAUCUAUGUUCCAACCCUCAUGUGUAAUCAUUAGCGUUGGGUAAUUACUGAAAGAAUGAGAUGGCAGCAUGAAGCCACCAAAAUUAGUUCCCUUUGCUGGUUGGUUGGGCCCACCCUUAGAGAGGGUGACAAACUUAGACAUCUGGAAGACCUUGGAGUAGGACCGCUGCUCUUUCAUGUUGAAAGGAGAAAGCAAAGGUUCUUAAGGCAUCUGAAUUAGAUUCCUCCUGGAUGCCUAUGGAUGGAAAACAAUUAACAGAACACUGUCACAUCUUGGGAAAUGAUGGGGAAUUAAAUGUGCCGUUACGCUGCUUGCUAUUGUGGCCACAGUGGCCACUGGUAUUUAAAAGUUACAUAGUCUUGCUUUAUUCCACACAAUAACAUAAUUACUUAUGGUAAACACAACAUAUAAUAACAGUUUUCUGAGGACAGGGACCAUUUGUCUGCAAUUAAUUUAAAAGACAAUGCAGAUUAAGGGGUUAUGUUGAAUAACCCCAAGUUCAAUUAUUUUAUUUCAAAAUAGUACAUUUUUAAAGAUAUACCUAUUAAAUGGUAAAUAUCUGACAUUGUUAUGUAUCAUUUUAUUACUCUCCAACACUAAUUUUAAUCAUUCACAAUAACAUUUCCAUGUUUUUAGGAGUCUGUGGCUCAUAUUCUACUUAAUGUGUGUGUAACCUCUGUCUCAUGACAAAAAUGCUGCUACCUUCACAACUGACAUGCUGUAUGAAGUGGUGUAUGUUUAUUUGUUGAAAGCACGCUCCAUGUAUGUUAGAUAGAGAAAAAAGAGGAACACACCAAGGGUGUUGCUCAGAUAAAGCACAACUGGGACUCUGGGUGAAUAAUGUACUUAGGUCAGUAUUUCCUAAGUAGUUUUGGGCCUAAUGAGUAAGAGCCAGCUGAUACAUUUAGGGGAUAACAUCUUCUAUUGGUGUUGGUACAUUUUACACUUUUGUGUAAUGUGGUGGGAGUUGGUGUGUGUAUAUCUGAAUGUGUCCGUGUCCAUGGCUGGGAGUUAUGUACGGCAUUUCAGUAUUCUGUGAGCAUACAACAAGGAGUCAUGUUACUUCAGUGUAGACAGGAGCGUACAGACUGUGUUGGGUGUGUUGUUACACUUUACACACAGCAAUGUCAGUUUUUUUUUCUUUUUUAACCCCCUUGACCUUUUUAGUUUAAAUGUGUAUGAACUGAAGUUUUCAUUAAAACGACACACCAACUGAUGACUUCCUUAUUACUGCUUUCUGUAUAGUGAAGUUCUUAGGUUAUGUUUUUGUGUGUUCUGUUUCCUUUUGAAUAUGCAGUAGGGCAUCCUAGAUCAUUGUGCUUUACUUGACUCAUUUAUACCAGCAUCCCACGUAGGAUUAAUGCAAAACUGUUGAUUGCUAUUUUUAAUGUUUCAAAUCUAAACACACAUUGAAGGUAUUUGGAGCUGCUGGUCAGUCUAUGUACCUUAUUUCUGUAAAAUACAUGUUACAAUUACCAUAUGAGUUGAUUUCAUUAUAAGUGAUAUGAAUUCAUGCAGUGAUUUGAAAGAUUUGUUGACUGUGCAGUAGACUAGACAUGUCUACUCUUUAAAAACAACUUGGAACAAAAUUUAAUGCAUUUCGAGGUGAAAUGUGACUUACCUUUUACAUUUAAUUCACAACCCAUUGUACUAAACUUAAUAAUUUAAUUAUACUUUUUAAUGAAUUUGCCCCUAAGGCAGUUGUGAGUAGUGCAGUUAAUUAUUGAGAAAUUAUUAAUCUUUUUUAAAGAAAUCACUCUAUAAGUUCUACCAGACAUUUUUCUAGAUAUCCGAAAAAGAAAAUUGUAAGAUAUGAAAUACUACCUCGUGCCAGUAAAAGUAUGUUUCAUUAGCAAGUUAUCCAAAACACAUAUUUCUCUCAUUUCAGAUGAUUAAUUAUAGCACAUUUACAUAUUUAUUUGAAACCAUGUGAAGACUAACAUAAAUAAAAACUAAAUUAUAAUGUAUAAGCUCCAGUAAACCAGCUAUUUUAAUGUUGUCAUAAAGAUAAAAAUAAAAACAUUUAAAAAAAAAUUCUCCCAUAUGCAAUGUAGUAGUUUCUUUUAAGACCUUUAUCUGUGAGUAAUAAUGUACUUAAUGCACUUCGAUUAUCACUCUUUGGUCACCAACACUGACAGCAACUAAUGGCUGUGAACAUUGGUGAUAACAGGAGUAUACUACAUGGACUUGUUAAUUGUAAAAUGAAACAUUGUUAAUUGUUUCUGAUGAAUUUUGCCCAAAGAUGCACUGUAACAUAGAAAAUAAUUUGUUUUAAAACAUUCUUCCAGAUGUCCCUCAGCAAACUGCUGAUUUUGAGGUAACAUAUAUGAAAAUGACUGUAUCAAAGUUUGCUUUUGUAUGAAGAAAGAGAGUUCACCAAAGUUGAGAUGGUCUGAGAUAAGUGUUCUUAUGAAUGUUCAUAGAAAAAGGCCACACAUUUGAAUGAAAUGCCUUAAUGGCCGUUCUGUCAUGUGGCCUUGCAUAUAUUAUAUGCCUGAUGUCAACUGUGACUGCCCCAGAAGAAGACAGAGGUCAGGAUGACAGCCGAGAGAUGCCUUGAAAGGAGUAGUGAGUGCUGCUGUGUUUGCACUUAAAUCUUGAAAGUACUGAAAAUGAUGAAUGAGUGUAAUAUAGACUGACAAGCCUUCAUAUGUUUGCAAUAAAUUCAAAAUCAAGCUACUC